UCCAAAUUUUUAACUGAAGUUUCAAUUUUUUUUUACUCACGUGGGCAUGCGUUUGACUGCAGUAUCAUUCAAAGAAAUUAACACAGUUUGAGCAAUAAACUAUUUCUGUUUUCAAAAUGAGUUCUCCGAAAGGCAGCGAAAAAAAGCCAGCUAUUGAAGUACCGUCAACUGCAACACAAAAUCUGAAAAAGAAAUUCAAGCCUCCAAAGGACGAACAUUUACUCCGAAAAACUAAGAAUAAAAAACCUAACAAUACUUUUACUAAAAAAGCUGAAGGUCGCGUGGUUAAGAGACAACUACCAAAGUUUAAGUCUUCACAUGGAAAAACUCCUAAUUCGGGUGCAGUGCAGAAGUUUUCAAGACCUCCAAAGACUGGCCAAAAAGGGAAAGAAGAUACACAAGAUGAUCAAACUGAAGAAGAUCCUUUCCCAGGUGAUGCACCGAUUCCACAUGCCAGACUCCAGAAGCACAAAAGAGGAAAGGCAGAAGACCUUGAUAAGAAUGGUGUCACUUUCCUCUCAAAUAGAAUUCAUUUGAAGAAAAAGGAAAAACUCGUCAAGUAUGCAGUUAACUUAGCAGCCAGAUCAGAAAUUCUGCUGCCAGAGGAAACUGGUUUCCUUGAGCCUGCCAAGGGUGAUUGCACUUCGGAAAUCACGCAGGUACAGAUCAAGAGUUCUGUGGAUAUUACCAGUGCCACGAAACAAUUUGAUUUAUCCAUGCAAUUUGGUCCGUAUGCCAUCAAUUACUUACGUAAUGGACGAAAAAUGCUCAUUGGCGGUAGAAUGGGUCACGUUGCUGCCUUCGAUUGGGUCACGAAGCAGUUGACUUGCGAAAUGAACGUUAUGGAAUCAGUUCACGAUGUGGCUUGGCUGCACAAUGAGACACUGUUUGCAGUAGCGCAGAAAGAGUGGACAUACAUCUACGACAAUCAGGGCAUUGAAGUGCACUGCAUCAAGAAAUUGAACAAUGUUCUCAGGAUGGAAUUUCUUCCAUAUCAUUUCCUCUUGGCUACCACAAACGAUAGCGGAACUUUAAGUUGGCUGGAUGUUUCUAUGGGAAAGAUGGUUAAGCGGACUCACACACACCUUGGAAGACUGGAUGUUCUGUGUCACAAUCCCAGAAACGCUGUCCUUUGUUGCGGACACUCGAAGGGCACAGUUUCGAUGUGGACUCCCAAUUUCGUAUCGCCUGUUGUCAAAAUGCUUUGCCAUACGCAGCCCGUUCGAUCGGUCGCUGUCGACCAGAGUGGUGUUUAUAUGGCCACAUCCUCUAUAGAUUGUUCGCUGAAGAUAUGGGACCUGAGAACCUACAAUUGUCUUCAAUCCUAUAAACUAGGCUGUGGAGCUUCAAAUAUUACAUUCAGUCAAAGAGGACUGUUGGCUGUAUCCAUGGGCAACAUUGUUGAGGUCUAUAAAGAUAUUUGUACCGAAACCAUCCACAAGCCGUAUUUAAAACAUUUCGUUGGCAGUUCGGUUUCGGGCUUGAAAUUUUGUCCUUAUGAAGACGUGUUGGGCGUAGGCCACGCAAGAGGGAUGUGCAGCAUGUUGGUACCGGGAGCUGGAGAACCCAACUUCGAUGCUCUCGAAUCUAAUCCGUUCCAGACUAAAAGCCAGCGACGGGAAACAGAAGUCAAAUCGCUUCUUGAAAAGAUUCAACCUGAACUCAUUACUUUGGAUCCCUUCGAAUUGGGUGAAGUCAAUCGGCAAUCAGUGAUUGAGAAGUUCGAAGAAAAGACUCGUUACAUGUUUGUUAAGCCUCCAAAGAUCGACGUCAGACAGCGGAAAAACGCUAAAACGGUUAAUCAGUUCCGCGUCAAACAACGUCUACAGUUACAACAACGACUGAAACAUGCGGCGGCUGCCGAAAAAGCGACGAAAACGUUGACAGAGAAAACAGAUGAAGCGCCAUCCAAGGCAGUUGCUGCACCGAGUGUACUGGACAGAUUUAAGCCCAAACCCCAGAAAAAGAAAUAAAAACUCGACAACCGAAGUGGUGACAAAAAAGAAAGAAAACUGACGUUUUUCAUUCGAAUUGUUAUGGAAAUAAUAUACCAGGACGUGAAAAUAUCACAAAUAAACAUUGUAUUCUCAUUAA